CGUCCUUCAUCUCAAUAUGACGCUCUGUGCGCUGCGAAGCUAGAGGAACUGUAAACAAAUCUAUUUUACAAUUAAAUAAGGCCGGAAGUUCAGGAUGAAGGUGGUGAAUCUGAAGCAAGCCAUCCUGCAGGCGUGGAAGGAGCGAUGGAGCGACUAUCAGUGGGCUAUCAACAUCAAGAAGAACUUCCCAAAGGGAGCCACAUGGGAUUACCUCAACCUCGCGGAGGCCCUUAUGGAGCAGGCGAUGAUCGGUCCUUCUCCUAACCCGCUCAUCUUGUCCUACCUGAAAUAUGCCAUAAGUUCACAGAUGGUGUCUUACUCCAGUGUGCUUACAGCUAUCAGCAAGUUUGAUGACUUUUCCCGGGAGCUGUGCGUGAAGUCAUUGUUGGAAAUAAUGGACAUGUUCUGCCAUCGUCUCAGCUGCCAUGGGAAAGCGGAGGAAUGCAUCGGCCUGUGCCGGGCGCUGCUCGGGGUGGUGGUGUGGCUGCUGCUGGGUUGUGCGUGGUACUGUGAGAAGCUGAGGGAACUGGGGCCGUCGGCCAGCACGGAGGCCAGCCUCCGAGCCUGUCAGGAGAGGCUGCACAGUCUGAUGAGCAGCACCAAGAACAGAGCGCUGGUUCACAUUUCCCGACUGGAGGACCAAGGCUCCUGGAACAAUGUGGAACAGGCGAUGCUCAAACUGACAGAUGGCCUCAGCAGCGUAUCCAACCAGACGCUACGGACUAAAUUAGAGGAGAGUGUGUCACUUGUGAAAAGUAUCCCUCUGAUGCUGACUGUGCAGUCUGACCCUCCGCUUCACGCCUCCUUCCCAUCAGUUCAUGCCUUCAUUAUGCUGGAAGGGACCAUGAAUCUGACUGGGGAGACUCAGCCGCUGGUGGAGCAGCUCAUGAUGAUCAAGAGAAUGCAGCAAAUUCCUGCUCCUCUGUUUGUGCUGGAGAUUUGGAAGGCUUGCUUCACUGGCCUCAUUGAGUCACCAGAGGGCACAGAAGAGCUGAAAUGGACCGCCUUCACUUUCCUUAAGAUUCCUCAAGUGCUCCUCCGAUUGAAGAAGUAUCCUCAAGGUGACAAAGGACAGGACUUCAUGGAGGACGUGAACGUUGCCUUUCAGUACUUACUGAAGCUCACGCCACUGCUGGACAAAGCAGACCAGAGAUGCAAUUGUGAUUGCCUGGGAAUGCUCCUCCAGGAGUGCAAUAAACUCGGUCUGCUGUCAGAAGCAAACACAGCCAACCUCACUUCCAAACGGACUGAGGACAGGGAGUUCGCCCCAAAGCUAAAGACUGCAGAAAAUGCAAACAUCCAGCCGAACCCGGGUCUGAUCCUGAGAGCCGAGCCCACCGUCACCAACAUCCUGAAGACGGUGGAUGCAGACCACUCCAAGUCCCCAGAAGGCCUCCUCGGGGUUCUGGGACACAUGCUGUCUGGGAAGAGUCUGGACCUGCUGCUGGCAGCUGCAGCUGCUACUGGGAAGCUCAAAUCUUUCGCCCGCAAGUUCAUCAAGCUGAACGAGUUUCCCAAACACAUCAGUGGGGAAGGAUCUAAGCCGGCGUCCGUCCGGGCCCUGCUCUUCGACAUCUCCUUCCUCAUGCUCUGCCACGUGGUGCAGACUUACGGAUCCGAGGUGAUCCUGUCCGACCCCAGCCCGUCGGGGGAGACGCCCUUCUUCGAGACCUGGCUGCAGACGUGCAUGCCGGAGGAGGGCAAGACCCUGAACCCGGACCACCCCUGCUUCAGGCCCGAGCCGGGCAAAGUGGAGAGCCUGGUGACCCUGCUCAACAACUCCUCCGAGAUGAAGCUGGUUCAGGUGAAAUGGCACGAGAUCUGCCUCAACACCCCGGCGGCCAUCUUGGAGGUGCUGAACGCCUGGGAAAACGGCGUGCUGUCCGUGGAGGCCGUGCAGAAGAUCACUGACAACAUCAAGGGGAAAGUGUGCAGCAUGGCCAUCUGCGCCGUGGCCUGGCUGGUGGCCCACGUCCGCAUGCUGGGGAGGGACGAGCGGGAGAAGCCCCAGACCAUGAUCCGGCAGCUCGUCACGCCGCUGUACGGCGAGAACACCCUGCAGUUUUACAACGAACGCGUCAUCAUCAUGAGCUCCAUCAUGGAGCACAUGUGUGCCGACGUCUUCCAGCAGACGGGCGCCACGCUGCGGCCGCCGGUGGAGGGCCAGGAGCCCAUCCCCUACCGCAACCUGCUGCCGGCCAAGGAGCCCAUCCACCGGGCGCUCAGCCGGCAGUUCCAGGCCGUCCUGAGGAAGGGCUGGGUGGACAGCCGCGCCCUGCACCUGUUCGAGAGUCUGCUCAACAUGGGCGGCGUCUUCUGGUUCACCAACAACCUGGUGAAGGAGCUCCUGAAGGAGACGCGGCAGGAGUGGGCCAGCCGGGUGGUGGAGCUGCUCUACAGCAUCUUCUGCCUGGACACCCAGCAGAUCACCCUCACCCUGCUGGGCACCAUCCUGCCCAACCUGCUCACCGACUCGGCGCACUGGCACAGCCUGGCGGACCCGCCGGGGAAGGCGCUGGCCAAGCUGUCCGUGUGGUGCGCGCUCAGCUCGUACUCGUCUCACCACAAGGGGACGUUCUCGGCCCGCCAGCGCAAGCGGCAGCGGGAGGACAUCGAGGACUACAACAGCCUGUUCCCGCUGGACGACACCCAGCCGUCCAAACUCAUGCGGCUGCUCAGCUCCAACGAGGACGAGCCGGCGGCGCUCUCCAGCCCCGGAGACCGGUCGAUGAGCAGCUCCCUGUCCGCCUCGCAGCUGCACACCGUCAACAUGAGGGACCCCCUCAACCGCGUCCUGGCCAACCUCUUCCUCCUCAUCUCCUCCAUCCUGGGCUCCAAGAUGGCGGGGCCGCACACGCAGUUCGUGCAGAGCUUCAUGGAGGAGUGCGUGGAGUGCCUGGAGCAGGGCAGCCGGGGGAGCAUCCUGCAGUUCAUGCCCUUCACCAUGGUGUCGGAGCUGGUGAAGCUGCCCGCCCUGGCCAAGCCCAAAGUGGUGCUGGCGAUCACCGACCUGAGUCUGUCUCUGGGGAGGAGAGUCGCUGCCAAGGCCAUUUCUGCUCUCUGAGCCGCCGGUUUAAAGUUACCACCAUGUCAGGAGAACGGACGCCGCCGCCGCCGCUGUGGGCGAACCGAGACUCUGGAGUUAGUCGUGUUUUACUGUUGUUUUUUUUAUUGUUUUUCAUACUUGGAAAAAUGUAAAUAUGUUUUGAUGGAAAGAAGAAAAAAAAUCUCAAUAAACAGGAGUUCCUCUUUUGCAGGA